AUGGCCACAUACUUCCCGAUAUUGUGGUGACUUUCGCUCUUCAUCAUGCUACAUUUGGUGUUUCUUUCUCCUCCAAGUUUUCAAAUCUGGUGGCCAACACAUGGAUUAAUUGAGAUCAAAUGUCCUUACAAGAAAGUAAACUUGAGUUGGUUCAACAAAACAGUGGAUUCCUGCCCUAACUUAAAAUAGCCUAUCUGUGGCACCAAUUUUGCUACAUAUGCCAAUCUUUGUAUCUUGUGUCAUAAGAGCUUAAAGCCUCGAGGAAGAAUUAAAUAUUACCACAAUGAAAGAUGCUAG